CCUGUCUGCAGACUCAGUCAGUUUGAUCAGAAGUGCUUGAAAUGUUGAAGGGAGACUAAGCGGUCAUGAAGGUUUUUCAAAACAGGAUCCUGCGUCUGAAUUUGAGUGUAAUCCUUACUUUACUGACCAAUGCAGAUUAUUCAAUAUCCAAUCAAGAGCCAAUGAUUAAGCAGCACAUCAACAAAACAGUGUUUGCGGGGGAAACAGUUACACUUCACUGCAACAAAACCCAAUAUGAUGAUGAUUUCACAUGGAAAAUGAACAGCUUCGUGAUUUUUAGGCAGGACCCUGAAAGUAACAGAACAAUGAGAAACUUCAGCUCAAACAGGAUUCACAUCGACCCAGCAGCUCCAAGAGAGUUAAGAAUACAACAAAUACAAGCGUCUGAUGCAGGAAACUACAGCUGUUACCCAGCAGCAAUAAGAUGGACAUUAACAAUAACAGAAAACCAGAUCAGACCACAAUCACUCAAACAAAUGCCGCUGUACAUCAUCCUCAUUUCAUGUUCUGGAGUCCUUAUGAUCUGUCUAAUUAUGACAAUCAGCAUCUUCAUUCACAGGAAAUGUAAAAACAGCAUACAGAAUAGCAGAGAAAUGGGACCGGACUUUUCACAGGGACCGGUGGGAGGAAGGAUACAGACUCAAAACAGUCAGUACUUUGAAAGAUAUAACUCUGUGUAUGGACAAUUAUGAAAUUAUUAUUUUUGUUCAUUUGUUUUUUUUCAACAAGAACAAGAAAAUGUUUAGUAACUUUUGAAUGUGAUUAAUAUUAAAAUGUGAACGAAAAA